AUGCCCGGUCUCGCACUCUCCGAUACCCAGAACCGCUACCUGGCUCUGGCCUGGCUCUGCGUCGAUGUCGAACCCAAGGUAAGCACUCCCAUACGUACCACAGAAGAUUGUCCAGAAGUCUGCAGAAUACCUGCAGUNAUCGACUACGAGAAGUUCUCUCAGCUCACUGGCUCCAAGACCGCAAACUCGGCUCGCGAGAUGCUGCGCGUCACCAAGAAGAAGCUCCUCGAGUUCGACACCACCAUUACCGCCGAUGGCACUGUGGCUCCUCCCAACACCCCUACCGUCAAGACUCCCAGAAAGAAGGCCACCUCCAAGACCAAGAGCACCAAGGGCAAGACCAACAAGAAGCGCAAGGUCGCCAGCGACAGCGAUGACAGCGAGGACAACGAAGAGACCCCCAUCAAGAAGAAGACCGUCAUCAAGAACGAGCCCGUCGACGAGGACUCUGAGGCUGGUGCCACUGCAGGUGCCGAUGCCGAAGAUGCUGAAGUCUGA